CCUCCCCGAUGGUCCGCGCGCUCAAACCGCGAGGACGCGCAGCAGCAGCAGCAGAGCAUUUCGCGCGGCCACGCGGGAAAGGAAGCACCUGUGUCUGCGGGAAAUAAACACGACACCUGUGACUAUCCCUCGCACUGUCUUGGGUCCGCCAUGUGGGUCCUGGAUAAAAUCCGCGGGUCGGUGGAGACCGGCGUGCUGCGUCAGGGUGAGACCGGCGACAAGAAAGGCGUGGCCCCGCCCUACUCCAACGUCCUUACCCCCGACAAGAUCCCGGACUUCUUCAUCCCGCCAAAGCUGGUCAGCUGUGCUCCGGAGCCCGAGGUUCCGGCGGCGAAGCCCAAGGAGACUCUGCAGCCGUCGGAGCAAACCAUCAGCAGCGGGAAAAAGAUUGGCGGUCCGAAGAGCCCGCGUCUGGUCGCCAAGCUGGCGGGGGACACCAAGAACCUCCUGAAGGCGGCCAAUCGUCACAUCAUUCAGAUCGAGAGCGCCGACGACGUCCCCGGCGACACCAACGCCGACCCCCAGUCGCAGACCGCCAUGUCUCUCACCUACGUGCCCAAGACCCAAACUUCGUAUGGAUUCGCCACCCUGAAGGAAAGCCCCCACACCCGCCGCAAGGAGUCGCUGUUCCACUGUGACAUCAGCAGUCCAAUCACGUCCCCCAACAUCCAGAGGAAGACCAGCAAGGACGGCGGCGGCGGCAACCACCUGAACCCGGCCGACUGCAACGCCUCCCACAUGAACCCCUACCGCUACUUCAGCGGCGGCGAGAGCGACACCUGCUCCUCGGCCGAGUCGUCGCCCUUCAGCUCGCCUCUGCUGUCGCGCUCCGCCUCGCUGCUGAAGAUCUUCACGCACGAGACUCAGGCCAAGGUGGUGAAGGCCAAGCGCACCUUCGCCCGCCACAGCUCCCUCUCCACCGACGAGUGCAGCUCGGCCGAGCCCAGCCCCAGCCUCCAGCGCCGCCUGCACAUCCCCUCCUUCCACUGCUCCGCGCCGGCGCCGGUGCCGGAGCACGGCCUUCAGCGCCAGCACACCAUCGACCUGCACAAGGGCGGCACCCUCAGGAUCUGCGCCGACUACGACGCCGGCACCUCGCGCCUGCGCAUGCGGGUGCUGGCGGCCGAGAGCCUGUACGACAAGCACUGCGACAUCAAGGGCGUCAACUGCUGCGUCUCCGUCUACCUGAACCCCGGCAAGGUGCAGAAGCAGAGGAGCAACAUCAUCAAGAACAGUCGCAACCCCGUCUUCAACGAGGACUUCUUCUUCGACGCCAUCAGCUCGCUGCAGGUCAACAACCUGUCGGUCAAGUUCAAAGUGGUCAACAAAGGAACCAGCCUGAAGAGGGACACGCUGCUGGGGGAGCGCGAGGUCCUCCUCUCCAAGCUGCUCCCGGGGGUCUAAGGGCGCCCUCGGACCACCACUUCUUGCACACGCUCACUGCAGCUCCCUUUUCCCGCGGCACUUUGGUUAUCGGGAGACUUAGGCAGGGGCGCGGAGUUAGGACGGUUCCAAGACCCCCCACUUAAAAAGUAAAACAACAGCUGCAAAUGAGGCGCUAAAAGUUUUUAGUUUGUUUCCAUGGUGACACAAAACUUCAGUCCUGCUCUUACUUCAAAAAGAACAACAUAAAAAUACAUGGGUGGAUUUUCCAGUGACAAAAAUGCAUUACUGUGAUGGAAAAAUGGUAGCGAUAUAAUUUUUUUUUUUUUUUUUUACAGUAAAAUUCUUGCAACUGGGGUAAAAUCUACGAUCAUUUUGACAGCUUAUUACUGUGAAUGUUAUUUUUACAGUCAAAUUCUGCCGACCGAGUGGACGUCUUACACCAUUUAAAGGCCUACUGAAACCCACUACUAGCGACCACGCAGUCUGAUAGUUUAUAUAUCAAUGAUGAAAUAUUAACAUUGCAACACAUGCCAAUACGGUCGCUUUAGUUUACUAAAUUGCAAUUUUAAAUUUCCCGCGGAAGUAUCGUGCUAAAACGUCGCGGUAUGAUGUGACGUCACGCAUUGUAGAGCAGUGGUCCCCAAUCUUUUUCUAUCCACGGACCGGUCAACGCUUAAUUUGUCCCGCAGCCCGGGUGGGGGUCCUUUUUUUUAAUUUUAUUUUUUUCUUCUUUGUCAUGGAAAAAGGGACUUUUUUGUCAUGAAAAAUUGAUUUUUUUGUGGUGGUGCACUAUUUGUGAAGUGAAUUAUAUUUAUAUAGCGCUUUUCUCUAGUGACUCAAAGCGCUUUACAUAGUGAAACCCAAUAUCUAAAUUACAUUUAAACCAGUGUGGGUGGCACUGGGAGCAGGUGGGUAAAGUGUCUUGCCCAAGGACACAACGGCAGUGACUAGGAUGGCAGAAGCGGGAAUCGAACCUGCAACCCUCAAGUUGCUGGCACGGCCACUCUACCAACCGAGCUAUACCGCCCUGUAUAAGUAAGUGUAUAUUGUAUUUUUUAUGUUGAUUUAAUAAAAAAAUUAAAAAAUAUAUUUUUUUAAUUUAUUUAUCUUAUUUUAUUAUUUUAUUUUAUUUUUUAUAAAAAAAAUCUUCUGCGGCCCGGUGGUUGGGGACCACUGUUGUAGAGGACAUUUUGGUCCAGCACCGUUCACAGCUAUAAGUCGUCUCUUUUCAUCGCAUAAUUCCACAGUAUUUGUCACGUCUGUAAAUCAGUUUUAUGUUUGAUCAUGUUAUGUUUUGUUUUUGGACUCUUGUUUCCCGUUUGACACUUCCUGGUUUUGUUUGUUUCCAUAGAUACUUGUUAGUUUCCACCUGGUCUCUAAGCCACGCCCCACACCUGUUUCUCAUCACCACAGCCACUAUUUAAGUCAUGCUUAUGCAUACCACUUGCUACAUGCUUGCCUACCUACUGGAUUGUAUUGAUACCUCAUGACCACGCACCUACCUUGCCUUGCCGGACCCUCAUGCCUUGCCAUGCUGUUUUUUGUUUGACCACGCCACGUAAGACUUUUUGUAUUUAUGCCUAAGUGCAAGUUUUUGGUGUGCUUUGUGCCUUUGAUAAUAUCUUCUGUUUAUUUGUAGAUAGUCCUGCCAUUGUGCUGUUUUUGUAUAGAUUAUUAUCCUCCACCGAGCGCGCCCUUUGUUUUGCAUUUUUGUAUCAUAGUGCAGUGGUCCCCAACCUUUUUGUAUCCGUGGACCGGUCAACGCUCAAUAAUUUGUCCCGUGGCCCGGUGGGACAAAUUUUCUUUUUUCUUUUUUUUUUCUUUGUCAUGAAAAAAGGGACGUUUUUGUCAUGAAAAAUUGAGGUUUUUGUGGUAGUGCACUAAUUGUGAGUGUACAUUGUGUUUUUUAUGUUGAUUUGAUAAAAAAUUAUUCUGCGGCCCGGUGGUUGGGGACCACUGUUAUAGUGUAUAAAUAAAACAAUAUGUACUUACAUUCACGUCUCGCUUGUGCAAAUCAUCCUUUGCGUAGAAGAAGCAAAACAUAACCAAGUCAAUAUCCUGACAGUAUUAUGGACAUCUGAAUCUUUUGCAAUUUGUUCAAUGAAUAAUGGAGACGUCAAAGAAGAAAGCUGUAGGUGGGAAGCGGUGUAUUGUGGCUGCCUUUAGCUACACAAACACAGCCGGUGUUUCCUUGUUUACAUUCCCGAAAGAUGACUGUGAAGCUUUACUAUGGAAUAGAGCGGUCAAGCGAGCAUGGUUUCCUACCACAUGUCAACUGGCAGGUUUCGGUGAGAAAAUGGUGGUGAUAAGUCGGCUCUUACCGUAGACAUGAGCGGAGAGCUUGCGUCGUUCCUCCUGAACCUGUCUAAGAGGCAGCUGCGGACUCUCUUGCCUCCUCCCACCGGCCGACCCCGACCGUCGGAUGAUUCCACGGUGGAGGAAGCAUCGUCUGCUUUCGCCUCGACGAGAAACGUGGCUUCCCUCGGACACACUGGCGGUCAACCCUCUGACUUUUAGGUUGUACAGGUACGACCGUAUAAUCUCAUUAAAACACUAGUAAUACAAUAAGUAAAUAAGGGAUUUUCCAGAAUUAUCCUAGUAAAUUUGUCUGAUUACAUCUGAAUCGCUCUGCCGGCUAUUUUUUUUCCCUUUUUUUUCUAGUCUUUCCCUCACUUUCCUCAUCCACAAAUAUUUCAUCCUCGCUCCAAUUAAUGGGGAAAGCAUCGCUUUCUUGAUCCGAAUCGCUCUCGCUGCUGGUGGCCAUGAUUAUAAACAAUGUUCAGAUGUGAAGAGCUCCACAACCCGUGACGUCACGCACACAUCGUCUGCUACUUCCGGUACAGGCAAGGCUUUUUUAUUAGCAACCAAAAGUUGCGAACUUUAUCGUCGAUGUUCUCUACUAAAUCCUUUCAGCAAAAAUAUGGCAAUAUCGCGAAAUGAUCAAGUAUGACACAUAGAAUGGACCUGCUAUCCCCGUUUGAAUAAGAACAUCUCAUUUCAGUAGGCCUUUAAAGGACGUGUACGUAAAAUGGACGUUGUAUUAAUGUCUUGUGUCGGCUGGCAAGAAUCCUGCAUGUUUUCCUUCACGCAAACAUUUGCAACACUCGUGUGUUGGAGGUAUGUUGUGUUACUUUAUUACUUUAUGGUUCAUCUCCUCCAACGUCACCUUACACCUUCUUGGCCUCAUUUACAUCUCAGGUUUCCUAUGUCAGCUGACUAUUAGUCCACCUAUCUGUGCACUGCUUGGCGUCUGGCUCCACCCCUUUGGUACUCAGCUGGAUGUUCAAAUGUGUGCAGAGUGUCGCAGAUGUUUUUUGGAGCCUCAGCUUUUAAGUCGGCAAGAAAACGGAAAGAAACAUUUGGACAAACUCGGACAUGUUCACCAACCUUGUGUUCUUACACACAUCAUUCACUUAUGCAAACAUGACUAAAGGUGUGCAUGUGUGUGAUUGUUACAGGUGUGCAAACAUGAAUAAAAGUGUGUGUGUUGCA